UAGGGUCAGAAAAAUCUGUCGAAGUUGGAAUAGAUCAGAUCUCCAGGGAGAGGACAGAGCUGCAGGCCCCCCUGCUUUGGGUUUGAGAGGAAAUACUGCUCAAUCAGACCUGCCUUUCUCUCUGGUCACAUGACCCACGCUAGUAUAACAGCUUCCUACCAACCAAGUUCCUUAUGAUUUCUGGCUCCCCCUCCUUUUUCUGUACGAAAUUGGCUGCGACAACUGCUAAAACUCCUCUUGCACCUCAGGAACCCCCAAGAAACCUAUCAGAAGCCAAGCAAGGCAAGCCAGCUUAGCGUGUGCAGGCAGGGGCAUGAUGCUGGGAUUGAGGAGCGGCUGUGGGGUGAGGAGGAGGCUGGAGGAUGUCUGUCAGAGCAAAAGAGUAAUGAUCAAACCCAGAGGCUGGGAGUGGGGAGGAUCCACAGCCCUGGACCAGAGGAGAACCAGGUGGAAGAAACCCCUGAACUUGCCCAAGGAGAAUGACCCCAGACUGGCACAGUUCCUUGAUCCUCACGGCCUACAUCCUCAUCUUUCUUACUGGGCUCCCUGCCAACCUGCUGGCCCUGCGGGCCUUCGUGAGCCGGGUUCGCCAGCCCCAGCCUGCACCCGUGCACAUCCUCCUGCUUAAUCUGACCCUGGCGGACUUGCUGUUGUUGCUGCUGCUGCCCUUCCGGAUCGUGGAAGCUGCAUCCAACUUCCGCUGGUACCUACCAAAGAUCGUGUGCGCGCUCACGGGCUUCGGCUUCUACAGCAGUAUCUACUGCAGCACGUGGCUGCUGGCGGGCAUCAGCAUAGAACGCUACCUGGGAGUGGCUUUCCCGGUGCAGUACAAGCUAUCCCGCCGGCCACUGUACGGAGUGAUCGCUGCUCUGGUGGCCUGGAUCAUGUCCUUUGGCCAUUGCACCAUCGUCAUCAUCGUUCAGUACCUGAACUCAACCGAGCAGGUGGGCACCGAGAACCAAAUCACCUGCUAUGAGAACUUCACCCAAGCGCAGCUGGAUGUGGUGCUGCCCGUGCGACUGGAGCUGUGCCUGGUCCUCUUUUUCGUCCCCAUGACAGUCACCAUCUUCUGCUAUUGGCGCUUUGUGUGGAUCAUGCUCACACAGCCCCAUGUUGGGGCUCAGAGGCGACGCCGGGCGGUGGGCCUGGCUGUGGUGACGCUUCUUAAUUUCCUGGUGUGCUUUGGACCUUACAACAUGUCCCACCUGGUGGGGUUCCACUUGAGGCAGAGUCCCUCGUGGCGGGUGGAGGCUGUGGUGUUCAGUUCCCUCAAUGCCAGCCUGGACCCUCUGCUAUUCUACUUCUCCUCCUCCGUGGUACGCAGGGCCUUCGGGAAAGGUUUGCUACUACUCCGCAAUCCCGGCUCCUCUAUGCUGGGCAGGGGAGCCGAAGAGACAGUGGAGGGGACCAAGACAGACAGGGGUGGGAGUCAAACAGAAGGGGCACAGAGCUCUGACUUUGUCACCGAGUGAGUAUAGAGUCGCCCGGAUCUUCCCGAGCGUCUAGGUCACUCAGAAGUUGGGCUGGUUAGCAGAGCUCCUGAGACUUGGUAAAAGAUAAAAGGUUAUAAAAAAAAGAAAGACACCCCUUCACACACACACACACCCCACCCCUUUGCCACUGUUCUCUCGGAUCUGCAGAACCUCUUGGCUGAAUUUUCCUGCCCAAGGAAGCACAGCUCCAGGAUACAAGAAGAAAUGGCUGCACCCCUGCACCCCUUUUCACACCUGUGAAAUUACACUGGAGGCAGGGGCUCAGAGGCAAGGUGACUAAUAGGAGUGUGGCUGUUUUCUUCAAGGUUGGAAACACCACCUAGAGACAUUGGUCUGGCUGGUGAUGCUGGGAAGAAGCCAAUGGAAAAGACAGGGGAGAGAUGGUGGGAAGAAGAGGAAUUCUGGGAAAGCUCUAAGCCACGGGCUUGCGGGGGGGGGGGGUACAGGGCUCCCAUCUCUGGUGAUCUUGGUCUUUCUGUAUCCGAUUGAGCUGUGCCUUGCACAUGUGCUCCGCUGAUGUUCGUAUUUCGGUCUUGUCUCCGCCGUUACACUGGGAUCUGGGUUACCCAGUGCCUGGUUUAUCCUCAGUGUCACUGCCCCGGGACUAGGUGCAGAUCCAUGUCUUGGUACCCAUCUGUCUGACAUUGACAAUGACCUGCAUGGAAAGAAAAAACAAAUCUGGUUUGGCAGGUUUAAAAUAAAUAUUAUGAAAGUCUGAAGCAAA